UAUAUACAUAAAUUAUUAGAUUUGAUCCAUUUUACUAUUUUAUGAGAAUAUUCUUGAUAUUGCGUAAGAAAUAAUGUACAAGUAUAUAGGCUCAGCUCCUCCCAAAACUUUAUUUCUUUUAGAGAGAUAUUAUUUUAUUUGAAAUAUAUUUCAAGAAAUAUGUAUUCAAUCAUAGCGUAUAAUUUAAAAUAGCUGCAUUUAUUUUUUUUUAAAAAAGCAGAUUUAAGAAAAAAUUACAAUUUAGAAAUUAUUUUUUAAAAAAAUGGACAUUCCAAUAUUUCACUGGACGUUAGUGGGUGCACUAAAUAUACUUGGUUUUUGGCCUAAUAAUCCAAAUCCUGUACCACAAUUGCUUUUAUGUUCAACGCUUGUGAUUAUUUGUCCAUUUCAAUUGCAAGAUAUUUAUAAAAAUUUUGAAAAUGUACCAUUAUUGAUGGAUGUGUUUCGUGAUUUUUCGACAUUUUUGUUAUUAAUUUUAAAAUUUUUAAUUAUGUGGUAUAAUAGACGCUAUGUAAAUUUAUUGAUUGAAGAAAUAUCUGAAGAUUGGAAAAAAUUGAAACUUUCUAAAAAUGAAGAAAUAAUGGAAAAAUAUGUUAAAUAUGCAAAUCUUUUUUGUAUUCUCGAUUCUAUUCUUUAUCUAUUAGCUGCAUUAUUUUAUUAUCCAGAAACUUUAUUUUCAUAUUUUAAUAAAUCAGUCGAGGCAAGAAAAUUAGUUUUAGAUGUAACAUAUCCUUUCAAUUAUCGUCUCACACCAUUUUUUGAAAUUAUAACAAUAAUUCAAACUGUUUUGAUUUUUUUAAUGGUUUCUGCUGAUGCUUUAUCGGAGAUUUUUCUUGGAACAAUAGUUUUUCAUAUUUGUGGAUUAAUUGAAAUUUUAAUGAAAAAUAUUAACGGAAUAUCAUCAAUUGCAUGCUAUUCAUUGAAAAAUAAUCAACAUUUUUUAUGUCUAAUAAAAAAUAUUGUAAAUGAACAUAAAAAGUUAAUAAAUAUGCUAAAUAAGCUUGAGACGAUUUAUACUUAUGUUUCGUUAAUACAAUUUUUUUCCAGUACAAUGGUUAUAUGUUUUACAGGAUUUAUUAUUAUGAAUUCGAAUGGAACAAAUGACAUAAUUAUGAUGUUAAAAUUUAUUAUGUUUAUAAUUUUAAUGUUAUGGCAAGCAUUUGCUUUUUGUUUUGCCGGAGAAUUUUUAAUAACAAAGAGUGCAGAUAUUUCUCAAAGAAUUUAUAGUUGUUCUUGGUAUAAAUUGAAACCAAAAGAUAUUAAAUUGUUAUUAUUGGUAAUGAAAAGAACACAUCAACCAUUACAAUUGACUGUUGGAAAAUUUGCUGCAUUAUCCAUUGGAAGUUUUGCAAAUAUUUUGAAAACAUCAGUAUCUUAUUUAUCAGUAUUAAGAACAACACUUGUGUAAAGUUAUACAAAACCGAUAAUAAAUAAAUAGUCACAUAAUCAAUAAAAUUAUAUAACAAAUUAUUUUUAUACGUAUUUGUUAAAUUGGAAUUUUUAUAUUCUUUAGCAGUAAAAUAAAAAACUGAUAAAAAAUAAAAGUCUCGUUUGAAAUUCUCUUUUUUAUUCUUUUUUUUUAAACCCUGCUGGAUGCUGACACCUGGACCUAAAAAUCGCGUGUCGUUCACCCUUCUAAAGUUUACCCCAACUUUUGACUCACCCCCUUCCUAUUUCUUGUAUGAAGACAGCCCCUGAUUCGAAACUUACCCCCUACUUGAUCGCUCGAAGGGUUGUUUUAAAUAAUAAUAACGCUAACCCCGAUUUUGAGAAUGAAGCCGAGCCAGUCGCUCACCAGUAUGUUUUACGGAGAAGCGCGUGCCUUUAGUUUUCUUUUUAUUUUCAACUCAUCCGCGUCGCGUUUUAUAUAACAGAAAAAUUUUGCUCAGAAACUUGAUAAUAUUUAAUUUUUUUUUUAAUUUUCUAUAGCAUAUAAAUUAAAGUGAUGUGUGUGUAUGGGUGGAAAAAACAUCUAAAUUAUUUAAAGUGAUAGAAAAAAACUUUUUAAAAGUAUUUCGAGGAAUAGAUGAAUUAGUUUUAGAAUUUAGGUGAUAUAAAAAAAGAGAGAAAGCAAAACAAAAAAAAGGAUAUAUAAAAAACUUGAAAAGAAUUUUUAAAAAAGCGAUGAAAGCAGAAAGAGACUUUUAAUGAAGAGAGUUGAUCUUAGAUGAAGAGGAGGAGAAAGAAGAAGAAGAAGAAGAAGAGGAACGAAAAGAGGUGGUUUCAAUAUGACGUUAGGAAGAGUAUCGUCACACUAAUUUGUUCCCGUAGAACCUCUUCCUUCUCAUUGUCAGUGUAACUUAUGAUUGGUUCUCUUCAAUCGAUAAGUUCAAUCGGUUCGAGCAGAUUGAUCAUUCUACUGAAGCAGUCAAAAUCAAUUUUGUACGCUGCCGUGAAUUCCUCAUCUUACCAUAACACAUCAUUUCUCGCUGAUCGACUUUUUUUAAAAAAAAAAAAAAAAAACCUAUACACUAUACUAUUAUCGAUAUUGGGAAACAUCUUUAAAAAAAAGAUAUUCCAUAAAAAAGUAAGUUCAAAUUAUAUUCAAAUAAUUUUACCCUUGUGUAAAAACUUUUUGACGUCUUUCUUAAUUAAUAAAAAUUUUAUUUCUUGUUAUCGUGCGUAAAAACUUAUUUAAAAUGUAUUCUUAAAUUAUUUUUUAUACUUUGGCUUAAUUUAAAAUUUAGUUUUAAUCCCUUUUAAUUAUAUACACUGAAAAAAAAAUUUUACUUGAUUCAAAUAAUUGACAGUUCGACGACUUGCAGCUAUAAGUUUCUCGUUUUUACGUUUCGAUGAGGAUAGCAGAACUGUCUAAACAUUUAAAAAAAAUUAGGGCUUUUUUAUCUUGAUUUGAAGAAAUUGA